CCAGAACUGCUUCCGGGUCAGGGGUAAAGAGCCACCAUGGAACCUCGCGGGGUUGCGGGGCUGACGGAGCCGCGGGCCGGCGUCUGAAACGAGAGGGGCGCGGCACGGCAAGCACCACCGGGGACACGCAGGCAGGUCCCGCUGCCGCCGCCAUGUCGGUGCUGGGCGAGUACGAGCGACACUGCGAUUCCAUCAACUCAGACUUUGGGAGCGAGUCCGGGGCUGGCGGGGACUCGGGCCCGGGGCCCAGCACCGGUCCGGGACCGCGAGCCGGCGGCACGGCGGAGCAGGAGGAGCUGCACUACAUCCCCAUCCGCGUCCUGGGCCGCGGCGCCUUUGGGGAGGCCACGCUGUACCGCCGCACCGAGGAUGACUCAUUGGUUGUGUGGAAGGAAGUUGAUUUGACCCGACUGUCUGAGAAGGAACGUCGUGAUGCCUUGAAUGAGAUUGUUAUUCUCGCACUGCUGCAGCAUGACAACAUUAUUGCCUACUACAAUCACUUCAUGGACAAUACCACCCUGCUGAUUGAGCUAGAGUAUUGUAAUGGAGGGAACCUGUAUGACAAAAUCCUUCGUCAGAAGGACAAGUUGUUUGAGGAAGAGAUGGUGGUAUGGUACCUAUUUCAGAUUGUUUCAGCAGUGAGCUGUAUCCAUAAAGCUGGAAUCCUUCAUAGAGAUAUAAAGACAUUAAAUAUUUUUCUGACCAAGGCAAACCUGAUAAAACUUGGAGAUUAUGGCCUAGCAAAGAAACUUAAUUCUGAGUAUUCCAUGGCUGAGACACUUGUGGGAACUCCAUAUUACAUGUCUCCAGAGCUCUGCCAAGGAGUAAAAUACAAUUUCAAGUCUGAUAUCUGGGCAGUAGGUUGUGUCAUUUUUGAACUGCUUACACUAAAGAGAACAUUCGAUGCUACAAAUCCACUCAAUCUGUGUGUGAAGAUUGUACAAGGAAUCCGGGCCAUGGAAGUUGAUUCUAGCCAGUACUCUUUGGAACUGAUCCAGAUGGUCCAUUCGUGCCUUGACCAAGAUCCUGAGCAGAGACCCACUGCAGAUGAACUGCUAGAUCGACCUCUUCUCAGGAAACGCAGGAGAGAGAUGGAGGAAAAAGUCACACUGCUUAAUGCACCUACAAAGAGACCAAGGUCAAGCACUGUGACUGAAGCACCCAUUGCUGUGGUAACAUCACGAACCAGUGAAGUCUAUGUUUGGGGUGGUGGAAAAUCCACUCCUCAGAAACUGGAUGUCAUCAAGAGUGGCUGUAGUGCCCGGCAGGUGUGUGCAGGGAAUACCCACUUUGCAGUGGUGACAGUGGAGAAGGAACUGUACACCUGGGUGAACAUGCAAGGGGGCACUAAACUCCAUGGUCAGCUGGGCCAUGGAGACAAAGCCUCCUACCGACAGCCAAAGCAUGUGGAAAAGUUGCAAGGCAAAGCUAUCCGCCAGGUGUCAUGUGGUGAUGAUUUUACUGUCUGUGUGACAGAUGAAGGUCAGCUCUAUGCCUUUGGAUCUGAUUAUUAUGGCUGCAUGGGGGUGGCUAAGGUUGCUGGCCCCGAAGUACUAGAACCCAUGCAGCUGAACUUCUUCCUGAACAAUCCAGUGGAGCAGGUCUCCUGUGGGGAUAAUCAUGUGGUUGUUUUGACACGAAACAAAGAAGUCUACUCUUGGGGCUGUGGGGAAUAUGGACGACUGGGUUUGGAUUCAGAAGAGGAUUAUUAUACACCACAAAAGGUGGAGGUUCCCAAGGCCUUGAUUAUUGUUGCAGUUCAAUGUGGCUGUGAUGGGACAUUUCUGCUGACCCAGUCGGGCAAAGUGCUGGCCUGUGGACUCAAUGAGUUCAACAAACUGGGUCUGAAUCAGUGCAUGUCUGGAAUCAUCAACCACGAAGUGGGUACCUCCUUUGGUGUCCUAACCACAUUAUCNUUGGCCAAGCAGUUGUCCUUUUAUAAGAUCCGUACAAUUGCCCCAGGCAAGACUCACACAGCUGCUAUUGAUGAGCGAGGCCGGCUGCUGACCUUUGGCUGCAACAAAUGUGGACAACUGGGAGUUGGGAAUUAUAAAAAGCGUCUGGGAAUCAACCUGUUGGGGGGACCCCUAGGUGGGAAGCAAGUGAUCAGGGUCUCCUGUGGUGAUGAGUUUACCAUUGCUGCCACUGAUGACAAUCACAUAUUUGCCUGGGGCAAUGGUGGUAAUGGCCGCCUGGCAAUGACCCCCACAGAGAGACCUCAUGGCUCUGAUAUCUGUACCUCAUGGCCUCGGCCUAUUUUUGGAUCUCUGCAUCACGUCCCGGACCUAUCUUGCCGUGGCUGGCACACCAUUCUCAUUGUUGAGAAAGUGUUGAAUUCUAAGACCAUCCGUUCCAACAGCAGUGGCUUAUCCAUUGGAACUGUGGUUCAGAGUUCUAGCCCGGGAGGCGGCGGCGGCGGUGGCGGUGGUGGGGGAGAAGAGGAGGACAGUCAUCAGGAAUCUGAAACUCCUGAUCCAAGUGGAGGCUUCCGAGGAACAAUGGAAGCAGACCGAGGAAUGGAAGGUUUAGUCAGUCCCACGGAGGCCAUGGGGAUCAGUAGUGGGGCCAGCAGCUCCUGUCCUGGCUGGCUUCGAAAGGAGCUGGAAAAUGCAGAAUUCAUUCCCAUGCCUGACAGCCCAUCUCCCCUAAGUGCAGUUUUUGCAGAAUCUGAGAAAGAUACCCUGCCCUAUGAAGAGCUGCAAGGACUCAAAGUAGCCUCUGAAGCACCUCCGGAACAUAAGCCCCCAGUAGCAGCCUGGCCACCACAGCUGAAUCCUUCAGGAACAUGUGCUGGGAAGGGAACACCAGUGACUCCUACGUGUGCAUGCAGCACUCUGCAGGUAGAGGUUGAGAGAUUGCAGGGUCUGGUGUUAAAGUGUCUGGCUGAACAACAGAAGCUACAGCAAGAAAACCUCCAGAUUUUUACUCAACUACAGAAGCUGAACAAGAAAUUAGAAGGAGGGCAGCAGGUGGGGAUGCAUUCCAAAGGAACUCAAACAGCAAAGGAAGAGAUGGAAAUGGAUGCAAAGCCUGACUUAGAUUCAGAUUCCUGGUGCCUCCUGGGAACAGAUUCCUGUCGACCCAGCCUCUAGUCUCCUGAACCUGUAUAGCCUCCAGGAAACUGGGAUCCAAAGAACUUCACAGCACACUUACUGAAUGCAGAGAGCGCUUUCCUGGCUUUGUUCACUUGCAGACAAGGAGCGCAAGGCGGAGGCUCUGAAGCACUUUCCACGUACACUUGGAGAGUGGCAGUGCCUAUUAGAUAGGAUCUAGGAGUGGUUUUGUUUUGGAGAAUGGAAGGGCCCUGUGGCCCUGGCUUUGUCCUCAGUGACUGCCAUAGCAACAGCAGCUCUGUACCUCAUCUCGUGAUCCCACCUUUGAAGAGGAGACACAAUGCUCACCUUAAUUUUGCUGGUAGCAGCUUAUAUCCUAUUUAUCAUUUUCAUCAUUAAUUGGAAGCUGCCUUGGGAAUUCAACACCAGGCAUUGCACCUCUGGGUGGAGGAUGGAAAAGUGUAAAGCUGGAAUGGGCUAGAACCAGGCGUGGUCCAUCUAGGGUCAUCUGAAGAGUGGCGAAGGGUUCUGAGCCUGCUCAGGAGGCCUGAGUCCAGGAAAAUAUGUCCGGUGGAGUCAGUCUGGGGUUUGUUUUCAGAAAGUUCAAUUACUUCGUGCAGCUAAAUGCUUUAGGAGGAAAAGUAGGCUUAGAUUGCUUUUCCUGUGAGGGUUAAUUGAAAUUUCUUCAGUGAGUAGAGAAAGAAGGGCAGGUCCCUCCUGAUCACACAGCUAGAGUUUCAGGCUGUGGCCGAUGCAGGGUGGGCUUUCCUAGAUUUGGCAGAUACUUCUAAGAGAUGAUAUGUCCCGUAGAGAAUUGAGUCAGUGGGGCAGUAGAAAUGGCCUUAAGAGAAAACCGUGAGGGAGAGAAAGCCCUCCUUUAGCUGCCUCUACUUGGUAUCUUUGAGAGGGCCUACAGUGACUAAGUCUCCUGCCCAUGAGGCUUCUUAUGCCUCUGCCUUCAUGGCUCUUAGGGUUCUAAGCUUGACAACAGCAGCCCCAACCACUCCCUUUCUGUAUGUCUAGCCAGUAUUUUACCCCUUUUGGUGUUUUAUGAAGCCAUGUCAGUGAAUCUGUAUCAUCUUUCCUGUUUGAGUAGCCCAAAGCCAGCACCAAAACUUGGUAAUCCCUGCAGCCUAACAGAACAGGUACAACCUGCUGAGUGAAAGGAAUUUGGCCAAAAGCUCCUUCUAAUCCCAUAGUCAUUGUGUCCUGGUAGACAGAAGCAACCUAGCUUUCUCAAAGAGAGAAAAUGUCCUAGGAGCAUUUGAUGAUUUUUCUUAAGGAUGUGAGCUCUGUGUUUCCACCUAGCCUUAUGAAAGUUUCCUAUAUUUUGUUUGGGUCACAGGAGCUGUCUUGAUGAGCCUCAUAUCCUACCUCCCUAGAAACAGCUACAUUAAUUUUUGUUUCAUUUUCCCUAAACCAAAGUGAAUAUCUGUUUAAUAUUUUGGAAGGACCGGUGCAAUGGAAAUUUUGCCAUUUCCCUGAAACUGGUGAUGUAAAGGCUGAUGCUUGGGGAAAACCCCAUGGCUGGGGAUGGGCAACUCUGUUUAAUGGGAUCUUCUUUGGUUUGAUGUUCCCAUUGUUUUCUCAAUUCUGGGAAGCCUAGUACAAUGGUACUAAUGUAAUCACUGAAGCCUUUUCUUAAAAUAAGGGAAGGGGCCAACCCUGGAUUAAGCUACAAGUUCUGGGGACUUGGGGGUUUGCUAUAAACCCUAACAUGUAAGUGCAACUUUGGUUUUUUGUUUUGUUUUUUUUUUAAGGACUGACUGGCCUUUCAUUCCCCUGUAUCCCUCAUGCUCACCAUCUCAGCAGGCCUGAGAGGCAGGGUCAGUUUGGGUGUUAAAUCAUGAGUGUUGCUUCUGCUAUGGAACUAAAGAACAUGGGACGUUGCUGAGACUGUGGGAUGGAAGUGAGCAUUGAAGGGGGCGGUGAGAGCCCGGCUCUUGUCCAGAGGGGAGUUGUUCUCUAACAGUGGAAUGCUGUGGUCGUUUUCUCUAGCAUGUUCCCUUGGGAAGCCUAGGUUUGCUAUUAAUCUGGCUGAGAAUCUAAGUUCUGUGCCUUAGAGACAAUUUGCACUUUCCCAUAUUGUGCCUGGGACAGCCAUAUGAUUUUUCCCACCAAAAAGCUAUGCAAAUGGAAACCAGCUCAAAGGUAGCAGCCAUGCAUUACGUAAAAAGUGAAAGGUGAGGCAGCAGCAGCAAUGCCUUUGAAUGGUUUUCUGUAGCUAAUUCUCUUAAAUUUUGUUCUGCUUUUCUUCUCAGUGCAGUAUUAGGUGUAUUUCCAGUAGUAUCGCUUUCGAGUUAUAGUAUAACCUGAGUUACUCCUCUGCUCUGACAUUGUUGCUGAAGAACUAGCUUUUUGUUAGCCAGAUGUUUGAAAGAUUGAGGGUGGAGUGGUUUGGCAUUUCUGUUUUAAAUAAACAUUUAAACUCAAAUCAGUGCUAUGCCUCAGUCUGCGCAUGGACCUUAGUCACUGGGGAUGAAACACUCAGAUUCUAGGCCUUCUUGAAUCUUUAAUUCAAUGAGUAUAUAAAUAAAUGGUCUGUAACGGAAACAAUGCAAGGGACAUUUGCACAGAAAUAAUCUUUGCUGCUUUCCAAUUUCUUUUUCUUGCUAACAGAAUCAUUUCUGUUGAUGCAGCUUUUCCCCACUAAAACUUCUAAAAUAUAGUGCUUUAAUGCAGAGGGAGAAAGAAAAUGAGCCAUUAAAAGAGGAAGGAUCACUUCUUGUACUUACCUCCCCAGUCACUGAUAAUGCCAGUUUAUGUUUAUAAAAGUGUUUUCUCUCCAAGAGGUUGAACUGUGUUUGGUCCCCCUGGCAUAGUACAGCCAAGUGACAACUCCUCUUGGCUGAGCAUUUCACUAAAGUUUAAAGCAAAAGCAGCCUUAAACUCACAUUUCAUUUGGUUUGCCAUAUAUUUGGAACAAUUCUGGAGCGAAGAUGUAUUGUAAAUAAAUUCUUUCAAAUGAGUA